ACGCGUUUUCCAAUAUGUUUUAAAAUUAAGCUAUAAAUAAAAUCAUCAGGCUAACAAUUUGAUUUAAGAUUAUUUGAAAAAUUUCAGGUGAAAUAUUUGGUAAUUUAAUAUGUACCAAAGUUCCAUCAUUUUUUUUUACAUUUGUUGAUAAAAUUCUUCGUAAAUAAGGAGAGCGAUAAAUUAAGAUGACCAUAUGAGCACGAAAUACUUUUACAAGAAAUGAAGAAACGCGGGAAUUGGGCCUUAUAUAAUAAUAGGAUACUGACUUAUUUGGGUCAAUUGAUACAGCUACCUGAUUUACCUACAACUAAAUAUUGUUCAAGAUGCCAAAAAAGGCAAGUUCUUAAACUGGUAGGCAUCUAUCUUCUCGGAUUUGGCAUACGGUCUUCCUAUGGAUUAUCUUUAAUCCCAUCGCCUUUUUUUUACGUUAUUAACAAUGCUACGAUCAUACAUUAUACAUAUGUGCGGAAAUGUGUAAGCGCACACAUGACCGCACUACAAAAAUCACUGCUUCAUGUGCUUUGCUUAUUUUACUCGCGAAAUAUACAGUAUAUUUAUAUAUUUUUAAAUCAGCACUCAUUAUACAUAAUUAAUCAAAAAAUAUAUUUAUUUAAAAUAUUUGUGCCAAUUAUACAUAAAAUUCAAAAUUACAUCCAAAAUAAUUUCUAACGAAACUAUUAAAAGUUUAAAAUAAUACUUUAUCGAGUUAAUAUAUCAUAACUUUUUA